AUGUUCCGUCAGUUCCAGGCCUCCUGUCUUGUCCCAUUGUUCCUGGUUGGCUUUGCUCAGCAGACCUUAAAGCCUCAAAAUAGGAAGGUGGAUUGCAACAAAGGGGUGACAGGCACUAUCUAUGAGUAUGGAGCCCUCACUCUCAAUGGCGAGGAGUACAUCCAGUUCAAGCAGUUUGCAGGCAAGCACGUCCUGUUUGUCAAUGUAGCCACCUAUUGAGGCUUGGCAGCUCAGUAUCCUGAACUGAAUGCACUACAGGAGUUGCUGAAGAAUUUUGGUGUCAUUGUGUUGGCCUUUCCCUGCAACCAGUUUGGAAAACAAGAACCAGAAACAAACUCAGAAAUACUUCUUGGUCUCAAGUAUGUGCGUCCAGGUAGUGGCUUUGUCCCCAAUUUCCAGCUCUUUGAGAAAGGGGAUGUGAAUGGAGAAAAAGAACAGAAGGUCUUUACUUGCCUGAAGAACUCCUGCCCUCCGACCUCUGAUCUUUUGGGCUCAUCAAGCUAACUCUUCUGGGAGCCCAUGAAGGUUCAUGAUAUCCGCUGGAACUUUGAGAAAUUUCUGGUGGGGCCCGAUGGAGUCCCUGUCAUGCACUGGUGCCACCAGGCUCCAGUCAGCACAGUCAAGUCAGACAUCCUGGAGUACCUAAAGCAGUUCAAUACCCACUAG